GACUGCUCAGGGCCUGUCCUGACCAGCCAGGGUACAUUGGGAACACAGAGUGACCCCUGCCCAUGGACGGCCCCUGGUUGCUAUGCCUGCCUGCUGCUCCUAAACCAGGCAGGGGUUGGGGGGAGGGCACCCAGUGACAGCAGGGCGGGUGCAGCAGCUGUAGGGGCUGCUUCCUGGGAGCUCUGGGCCAGGUGCUUGUGUGCACAGCCCCAGGCUAAGCUCCAGAAGGGGCUGGGUGAGCCCUGGUUGGGGCCCUUGUCAGGCAGAUACCCAGCAUUCUCUCCCUGGUUGGGGCCAUUGUCGGGCAGACACCCAGCGUUCUCUUCCAUGCUUCCAGACCCUGAGAUCUGGAGUCCACGGGGUGUGGGGCUUCCCAAGAAGCUGCCCUUCCCCUCCUGGCCCCGAGUGGCUGUGCUGUGGCCUGUGUCUGGCAAGCCUAGCCGCCACUUGUCCCACCCGCCCCCACCUCCCGAGUACUCGCUUCCCCACCUCCACCCUGCAUCCUGUCACAGGCCCAGUAUUUGCUCUCAGCCCAGGGGCAGCCCCAGCCCUGGUGCCCGAGCAGGGCCACUCGUGGGGUGGAUGUGGACAUGGAGGGAGGAGGCAGGCAGGAGCCAUGGUGGGGAGACCGGAUUCUCGGCUGCAUCCAGAGCCCCAGAUGUGUUUGGAUGUGUCAGGACGGUGAACCUGGACCAUGAGCCCUGUGAUGGGUAAAGGGGAGGAGGAGGGGCAGAAGGGCAGCCAGGUUGGACUGCAGGGGGAGGCAAGAAGAGGUGGCUUUAGGCUGCCCCCCAGAGGCCUGGGCAGGUGUAGCCCAGGACCCACUACUGCCUGGGGAGGCCGUGUCCAGCUCUUGCUGUCCAGCUCCCAUAGACAAUAAGGGAUUCAGACUCUGAGACCCGAGGGGGGAAACAAUGGGGCCCUUGAAGGCCCCUCCCCCAGCCCCCAUUGUGCUUGGUGGUGAGAGGAGGCUCCAGCCCGGCCACACAACCACAGGAAGGACCAGCGUGCAGCCAGCAGGUGGGCUGGCUCAGAGGGAGUCUCACUUUCCUGGCUUGGAGAAGGUCCCACCCGCCCGCCCCUAUGACCAACAUGAGCUGGGGCUUCCUGACGCGGCUGCUGGAGGAGAUCCACAACCACUCCACCUUCGUGGGCAAGGUCUGGCUCACCGUGCUCGUGGUCUUCCGCAUCGUGCUCACGGCCGUGGGCGGUGAGUCCAUCUACUCGGACGAGCAAGCCAAAUUCACCUGCAACACGCGGCAGCCUGGCUGCGACAACGUGUGCUAUGACGCCUUCGCACCUCUGUCCCACGUGCGCUUCUGGGUCUUCCAGAUCGUGGCCAUCUCCACGCCCUCGGUCCUGUACCUGGGCUACGCAGUGCACCGCCUGGCGCGCGCCUCGGAGCAAGAGCGCAGGCGCGCCUUGCGCCGCCGCGCAGGGGCCCGCCGCGCGCCCCGCGCCCACCUGCCGCCCGCGCCGCCCAGCUGGCCCGAGCCCGCCGAGCUGGGAGAGGAGGAGCCCAUGCUGGGGCUGGGUGAGGACGCGGAGGAGGAGCCGGGGGCGCCCGAGGGCCCUGCGGAGGAUGCGGAGGAGGAGCGCGCCGAGGAGGCGGCCACCAAGGGCGCGGGCGGGGGCGGAGAGGCGGCGGGGACGCCGGGCCCGGCGACGCAGCACGACGGGCGGCGGCGCAUUCAGCGCGAGGGCCUGAUGCGCGUGUACGUGGUGCAGCUGGUGGUCAGGGCGGCCUUCGAGGUGGCCUUCCUGGUGGGCCAGUACUUGCUGUACGGUUUCGAGGUGCGGCCCUCCUUCGCCUGCAGCCGCCACCCGUGCCCGCACGUCGUGGACUGCUUCGUGUCGCGCCCCACCGAGAAGACGGUCUUCCUGCUGGUCAUGUACGUGGUCAGCUGCCUAUGCUUGCUGCUGAACCUGUGCGAGAUGGCUCACCUGGGCCUGGGCAGCGCGCAGGACGCCGUGCGCGGGCCCCAGGCCCCGGGCCCCUGCCCCGGCCCCGCGCCGCGCCCUGCGCCCUGCGCCUUCCCGGCCGUGGGCCUGGCCUGCCCGCCAGACUACAGCCUGGUGGUGCGCGCGGCAGAGCGCGCGCGCGCGCACGACCAGAAUAUCGCCAACCUGGCCCUGCAGGCGCUGCGCGACGGGGCGGUGGCCGGCGACCGGGAGAGCCUGCCCUGCUCUGGGCUCCCUGCCCCCUCCCGGGUGUGCCCCAGGGCUGGCGCAGCAACUUCGGGCACCGGCAGCGCCACGUCGGGGGGCACGGUCGGCGAACAGGGUCGUUCCGGGGCGCUCGAGCGGCCGGGUGCCAAGCCCAGGGCUGGCUCUGAGAAGGGCAGCACCGGCAGCAGGGACGGGAAGACCACGGUGUGGAUCUGAGCACACCGGCGGGGGACUGGACAGGGCUGGAGGCGCGCGGAUGCCCAAGCUUGGGCACCUCUGAGGCUUGGUGGGAUGGGGAGGAUGGGAGCCAUGAAGGGUCCCGGCUCCAGCCUGUGAUCCCCGAGGUGCGGGCAAGGCAUUGGCCUCCUCUCCAGGGCCGGUCUCUGCGGCUAUCCUGAGCUUUGCCGGGCUGCGGCCAGCUGCCCUUCCCUUGCAAGUCCCCUCCAGCGGUUCAUAUGGACGCCAGAGCCGUUUGUCCCUGCUGCCUGCAGCCACAGAGGUUCUUUGCCCAGCCUCCCAGCCCACGCUCUGGCUCCUGAAGGGCCCAGGGCGACCCCAGCUCUUUCUUGACAGAAGGGGAAGCCGAGGAGCACCCAGGCUGGGGAAAGGCCCCUGUGGCCGUCCCAGGUCUGCACCUGGUCCCGGGGACUGGGAGACUGAGGCCCUGGAGGGCUGGAGGGAGCAGGAGCACACCUUCCGGCCUUCUGUGACGGCCUCAAGUUCUGAAGAUACCCGUCCUGCCUCGCAGCUUGAACCACAAGGUGGUGGUCAGGGGCUGGGGCUUUGGCCGUGCUGCCAAAAGGGCUCCUAGAUUCCUCCCCAAUUCUGAGCCGCCUGAGCAAAUGGAGUGAAAUAAAGUUCAGGAGUGUG